AUGGCCAGUCGAAUGCUACGGAUAGGCCUCAUCCCCGGUGACGGCAUUGGACGUGAAGUAAUUCCGGCUGGCAAACGCAUCCUUGAAUCCCUACCUUCUUCUCUCGGCCUAAAAUUUUCUUUCGUCGACCUUGACGCAGGUUACGACUGCUUUACACGGAAGGGGACAGCCCUACCAGACAAAACCGUUGAAAUACUGCAGAAAGAAUGUGAUGGUGCCCUUUUUGGAGCUGUGAGCUCUCCCACGACAAAAGUCGCAGGCUACACCUCUCCGAUCGUCGCUCUGCGCAAGAAACUCUCCCUAUAUGCCAACGUGCGCCCAUGCAAAACCACGGCUUCACCAGCUUUUAAAUCUCCUACCUCCUACCCAAUCGACCUAGUCAUCGUUCGGGAAAACACCGAAGAUCUCUACGUCAAGGAAGAAAAAACCUAUCCGGACCCAUCUGGCGAAGGACAAAUCGCCGAAGCUAUCAAGCGCAUCUCCUCCAAAGCGAGCUGGCGCAUCGCCAAUAUCGCAGGUGACAUCGCGCUGCGCAGACAUAAGAUGCGCCAGGCGUCAUCGGCAGCUCGGGCCCCCUCGAAAACGGGCAUGGUGACUAUCACGCACAAGUCGAAUGUGCUGUCGCAGACAGAUGGUCUCUUUCGAUCCACGGCACGCCAAGCGCUUGGACAGCCCCAGUUCUCGUCGCUGGCAGUCGAGGAACAAAUCGUAGACAGCAUGGUGUACAAGCUGUUCCUGCAGCCACAGUAUUACGACGUGAUUGUCGCGCCGAACUUGUACGGUGAUCUGCUCAGCGACGGCGCCGCGGCACUGGUGGGCAGUUUGGGUCUUGUACCGUCAGCAAAUGUAGGCGAGAGCAUCGUCAUCGGCGAGCCGUGUCAUGGCUCUGCGCCGGAUAUCGAGGGAAAAGGUAUCGCGAACCCCAUCGCAACAAUUCGCAGUGUGGGUGUUAUGUUGGAGUUUUUGGAUCUGCCUGAUGCGGCGAAUGUUAUCUACAAUGCAGUUGACCAGGGGCUGGAGGAGGGCCGGUUUGUCAGCCCUGACCUCGGGGGGUCAGCGAGCACUGAGGAAGUGUUGAAUGAUAUCUUGAAGAGGCUGUAG